AUGAAAAUUUCAAUGGAUCUUUAUGGUUAUCUUAGUAAUCUUGAUAUUAAGAGACCAGAUAGAUUACGACCUGAUUAUGAUACAUAUUUCAUGUAUUUGGCGGAACUAGUGGCAUUAAGAACAAAUUGCAUAAAGCGUAAGGUUGGUUGUGUAUUAGUUAAAGACUCUAGAAUAAUCGCGACAGGUUAUAAUGGUACAGCAAAACGUUUAAAAAAUUGCAAUGAUGGGAAUUGUGAAGAAUGCUCCCAAGGAGAAAGUGGAGGUAAAUCGAGCACUUGUAAAUGCGUGCAUGCAGAAGUAAAUGCAUUAUUGAGAGAAAAUAAAGGACCUUAUGGUGAUACAAAUGAAGUUAGCAUGAUCAAACAAAUGUUUGAAGAAGCUGAAAUAGAUCUUAGACAACAUCCAUCACCUGAAGCUCCGAUAAUACC